GCGGGGGGGGGGGGGGACUGACCUGUUGACCUAGCAGCUGCUGAGUGCCUACAUCAGCCAUGCGCCAGUUUUCUGGAUCUUGGCACCAGUGGUCAUGGCCUGACUGUGUCCUGGAGGGCCCUCCAGGACACCCUGCAUGUUUGAUGUACGUACGGUGUACAUCAGAAUAGCUAUAGGCUUUCCGUUUCUCAUGUGAAGAGCUUCAUAGAGAUGUGGUGUGGGAGAAAAAAUGUUCUGACGCUUGCUGAAACAGUACGGAAGGUUUUACUCAAGAUUAUUGCAAUAGGGGUGUUCCACUAAGGGAGAGAGAUGGGGCUCAGCUUUGAACACAGCAAAGAUGCCUGGGGAUUUGUAGCCUGCCAGCAGUAAGAACCAAGGGGAUGACGCAUUUGAUCGGAUCUUGAGGGUGAUCAUCUAUUGAGGGCAGGGAUCUUCUCCAGACAGACUCAGCAGGACUCUUGCUGAGACUGGACUCAGCCAGGAUGCACGCAGAUGCCCAAGGUUGAGGCCUUAUUGAGAGGAGGGCCCGGAGGAGUCUGAUGGAAAUCUGCCUCGGUAGGGCAUCUUUUCGGUAGUUAAUGAGUCCUGGGUGGAGGGGCUCCAAAGCAUGGCCACCAGCGCAGUGGCGGCCGCCUGCAGCUUGCUUGUUCACCUGGUUUGUGCAUUCAUGAAUAUUCAGUAAACACUGAGCUAACCCUGUCUCAUGUGCUGCUGUGGCAUAGGUAUUCAUGUCACGGAGUUUUCAGUCCUCUUUCUUGCCUUGCUGUGCUGAAGGGGGUCCCUGUCGGUUUCCCUUUGUAGGUGAGGUUGGUGGGGAGCCAGGGAAAGAAGCCCCACGUCCAGCGACAAGGUGACCUUCCUGAGGCGCGGGCCCAGCCAGCAUGUGACCGGGGAAGGAAACACCUGACUUGGAAAUGAAGCAAAGAAAAAGGAGGACCGUGUGUUUUGUCACCAUCGUGCGGGCCGUUAUUUAACAGAUUCACCCAAGAUUGUUUAGUUUUCUAACCCAACGUGCCUCUCCGACUUUGCCACUUACUCUUGAUUGGAGCCCAGAUGCUGAUGCUCCAUGUGUCAAUUUAUAGGUUUUUGUCUUGUACAGAUACAAAUUAUUUCUGUCUGAUAAACGUAAACCCCAAAGUUUUGAUUUCAUUGCUUUGUAGGUCUUCAGCUGAAUUUGUCUCCGGCUGAAAAUAGCUCAUUUCAGUGAACUCCAGCUCUUCGGUGCCCUCUGAACCUGCGUCCCCUGUACAGACUUCCUCGUUAACUUGCAUGCCCAUUGCAAAAGUAUGCUCUGACAUUGUUGCAUGCUGGUGCUUUAGGGUGGCCAGAGCUGCUGCUACCGAUUGUCCUUCUGCAAACACUGAUCUCUGGGUAGGAGGUGUCCCUCCCGCCCCCCCGUCUGUGGGUUGUCCAUGAGUCCAUUUGUCCCUGUGUCCAGAGGGACUCGGCCCCUUCUGUCAGUGGCGGUGUAGAGAUGUGUCUGUGCUGAGGCACUCACUGCACCUUUCAUUCCUCUAAGUGUUCAUCGUCGAAGGUUGUGAAUAAAGAGACUUCGGGAUUUCUCUUUCAUCUUCUGCGUCCUCAUUUCCCGGUAACCAGUAUGUUGGGACUGGUCCAGCUGUAUAGAGGGAUGCCGUUCCUAGGAGGAGGCCCCUUCCCGUGUAACACGCUCUGUACUUGUGUGCCUGCUUCUCCUUCAUCAACUUCCUGCCUUGAGGCUUUGUUUCCCAAAUCAGUGUCAGCUCCUUGAGGGCAGGGUCUCUGCUUCCUACUCUUUAUUUGCCUGCAGACGGAGUCCAUAAACUUCAAUGCCUUCUUUUCAUUCAUUUAUUCGCAAGUACUUACUGGGCCCCUGGCAUGUCGGACACAGUGCUGGGUGUUGGGGAUGUGACACAGUGACAUCAUCUGCCCUGAGGAGGCCUGCAUUAAUGGAAGUGAUUCCCAGAUUGUACUUUGGGCAAGAAACUCCUCUAAUGAGACAUCUGUUUUCUUUCUGAACAAUAUCUAGAUAAUGAAAAUUGUAUAUAUGUAGGUAUAUGUACGUGUAUAUUUAUAGUCACCUUUAAAACCACCUUUAAAGAAUGAAAACCUCAGUACAGUUGGCCCCUUCGCACAGUCAAAAAUCUGCAAAUAAACUUCUGACCCCCACCCAAGAACUUACCUCCUAAUAGCGUGUUGACGGAGCUGUACUGGUAACACUCAACUAAUACAGUUUGUGUGCCAUUGGUAUUGUCUACCGUAUUCUUAAAGUAAGCUAGAGAAAAGAAAACGUUAUUAAGAAAAUCCUAAGGAAAAGAUAAUACUGUACUAUAUAUAUGUAUGUAUGUAUAUAUAAAAUCAUACUGUACUAUAUAUAUAUAUAUGUAUGUAUGUAUAUAUAAAAUCCACGUCCAAGUGGACCCAUGCACUUCAAACUUGUGUUCAAGGGUCAGCCGUACAUGCUCUUAGCAGCAAAAGGCUUCACCAAAAAAAGGAAACCUACAAUUAUUUAAAACGGUAGUGUCCACAGAAUUUAUUUUCUUAGCCGUUUCAUUUCAUGUGAACUUAGGCGUCUCAUUGAGGGGCGGGUGGCGUGAGCCUCAGAGCCGAAGGACCGGAAGAUGUCGUCCAGAGUCACCAGUCCCAGGUCUUCGCCUGCCCGGGGUUUUCUUUGUAAAUACUGUAGAAGAGCACGUCGUAGCGGAACGUUCCUGAGGUAAUUUGCGAUUCAGAAUGUGAGAAAUUGGCAGUGCGAAAGAGGAAAAACCCGUACAUGUUUAAUUACAAUGGUGAGCUUUUCACUGCUGGGUGGGAAAGGACGCAAACAUUUGAAUAAAAUCAAAGCAGAGGCUGAGCCCGACUUCUCCCAAAAUAAAGAGGAGAGUGUUUGGAGCAGCUCAGUGUUGUCACUCGCGGUUUUAGCAGAAAAAUGCUUGAAACAAAAAUCCCUUUUUCUCGGUGAGGGAAGGCAGCCAACCCGAAUGUGGCGGAGCCGCCGCACAAACGGGAGCCCGCGUCUGUGUGGGAGCGGGCGCUGAUCUCUUUGGCUCCAGCUUGAUCUCCACGUGCGUCUCGCGCGAGCCAGUGGCCGACCGGGAGGUCCCACCGGUGCCGGUGGGCUGGAUGGGGGGGGAUCCUCCCGCGCCGGCGGUGGGCUCUGUCGGAUGCUGGGCACCCCCCGGGAACCUGGUGGAAGCGGGGGAGUCUCAGGUCAUCGUGCAGGCAGAGUCGGAAUCCGGAAGACCGCCUUCGGUACACCGCGCAAGUCUGCUGUUUGCAAAGCUGGGCACCGAAUAAUGGCCCGCAGUGUAUGCGCUCUAAGCAUCGUUUCUUUAAUCCAUCCUGACCACCCUUAUGUGUGUUCUUUGGUUCUCUUUCCGAACCUGGGCCAGACUGCUGUGUUGGGACACCGGGAGAAAAACCGUCUGGCCUCAGAAACACAGCGGAACCUUCGUCGACAGAGGGUCCGCACGCAGAGGCCCAAACCGUAGAACUUCCUUGUAGCUGAAAUAACCGUGAAGUCCAGCUUGGGCUUCAGACACUCGUACCUUGGUCAUGUUCCCGAGAUCCUUUCCAGGAGGCCAGUUAUGGGUGUGAGAGGUUUGCAGGGAUUCGUGGGCAGUACCUGCCCACAUAUAUGUACAGUAGUGAAUUUCAAAGAACUGGCAGAACACCACCGAAGCAAGCAUCCUGGAUGUACUCCUACCAUUGUGGUUGAUGCCAUGUGUUGUCUCAGAUACUGGUACACUCCUGAAUCUUGGAUCUGCGGUGGCCAGUGGCGGGAAUACUUCUCUGCUUUGCGGGAUUUUGUUAAGAGUUUUACAGCUGUUGGCAUCAGGUUGAUAUUCUUCUUUGAUGGCACGGUGGAGCAGGAUAAGAGAGAUGAGUGGGUGAAACGAAGACUAAAGAACAACAGGGAGAUCUCCAGGAUUUUCCAUUAUAUCAAGUCACAUAAGGAGCAGCCUGGCAGAAACAUGUUCUUCAUUCCCUCAGGGCUGGCCAUAUUUACACGAUUUGCUUUGAAGAGCCUGGGUCAGGAAACUCUUUGUUCGUUGCAAGAGGCCGACUAUGAGGUGGCAUCUUAUGGCCUCCAGAAUAACUGUCUUGGUAUUCUUGGAGAAGACACCGACUACUUAAUCUAUGAUACCUGUCCCUACUUUUCAAUUAGUGAGCUCUGUCUGGACAGUCUCGAUACUGUCAUGCUCUGUAGAGAGAAGCUCUGUGAGAGUCUAGAUAUCAGCCUGGCAGACCUUCCUCUUCUGGCCUGCCUGCUUGGCAACGAUAUUAUUCCAGAAGGCAUGUUUGAAAGCUUUCGGUACAAGUGCUUGUCUUCCUAUACCUCUGUAAAGGAGAACUUUGACAAAAAAGGGAACAUCAUCUUAGCUGUAGCAGACCAUAUAUCUAAAGUUCUUCGCUUGCAUCAAGGUGAAAAAAAGCUAGAAGAGAUGUUACCUUUGGGACCAAACAAAGCUCUUUUUUAUAAGGGUGUGGCAUCAUAUCUUUUGCCAGGACAGAAAUCUCCAUGGUUUUUCCAAAAACCUAAGGGUUUAAUAACUUUGGACAAGGAGGUGGUAUCCAUGAGUUCAGACCCUGAAUCCAAGCAAGAAGUUCCCAUGUGUACAGACCCCGAAUCCAAGCAAGGAGUUCCCAUGUGUACCGACCCCGAAUCCAAGCAAGGAGUUCCCCUGUGUACAGACCCUGAUUCCAAGCAAGGAAUUCCCAUGUGUACCGACCCUGAAUCCAAACAAGGAGUUCCCAUGUGUACAGAUCCUGAAUCCAAGCAAGGAGUUCCCAUGUGGACAAAUCCUGAAUCCAAGCAAGGAGUUCCCGUGUGGACAGAUCCUGAAUCCAAGCAAGGAGUUCCUGUGUGUACAGAUCCUGAGUCCAAACAAGGAGUUCCUGUGUCUACAGACCCUGAUUCCAAGCAAGCUGUUCCCAUGUGUAUAGAUCCUGGCUCCAAGGAAGGAUUCCUCCUGUGUACACAUCCUGAAUCCAAGCAAGGAGUUCCUAUGUGUACACAUCCUGAAUUCAAGCAAGGAGAUCCUGUGUGUACACACCCUGAAUCCAUGCAAGGAGAUCCUGUGUGUACACACCCUGAAUCCAAGCAAGGAGUUCCCAUGUAUGCAUACUCUGAAUACAGGCAAGGAGUUCCCAUGCGUACGUACUCUGAAUCCAAGCAAGGAGUUCCCAUGUGUACACACACUGAAUUCAAGCAAAAAUCACCUCUGGGUGCAGACUCUGAAUUUAAGCUAGAAACACCUAUAUGUACAAACCCUGGAAUUAAACAAGAAGACCUUGUGAAUAUGGAGCCUGAAAUCAAACAACAAGUAACCAUGGUUUCAGACCCUGAAAUCUUAAAGAUUGCUAGAGCACAUCACGUCCAGGCAGAGAGCUACCUGGUGUACAACAUCAUGAGCAGCGGGGAGAUCGAAUGCAGCAACACCUUGGAGGACGCGCUGGACCAGGCUCUGCCCAGCCAGGCUUUCGUCUACCGCCCGGUGCGCCAGCGCGUUUACUCCCUCCUGCUGGGGGGCGGCGAAGAUGGCGCCAGCACCUGCCCCACUGUCAAGGAGUGGUUUGUGUACUCUGGGAACCCACUGAGGCACCCGGACCUCGUCAGGCCUCUGCAGAUGAACAUUCCAGGGGGAACCCCUAACUUGAAAUUACUGUGGCUGAACCAAGACGCAGGGAUACAAGCCCGGCGCUUGGACGCGCUGCUAGGCUGCUUCGACCUCUCCUCCUCAAGAGAAGAGCUGCAGGCGGUGGAGAAUCCCUUUAAAGCGCUGUGCUGCCUCCUGACCUACCUCUUCGUGCAGGUGGACACGCUUUGCCUGGAGGAUCUGCAUGCUUUCAUUGCUCAGGCCUUGUGCCUCCAAGGAAAACCAACUGUGCAGCUCGUAGACUUACAGCUUGACUACAUCGACGCCCGAGCCGUGCAGCUUGGCUCCCUGCUGGUCCGCGGCCUUACCACUUUGGUCUUGGUCAACAGCGCGUGCGGCUUUCCCUGGAGGAUGAGUGACUUCAUGCCCUGGAACGUGUUUGACGGGAAGCUCUUCCAUCAGAAGUACCUGCAGUCGGAGAAGGGGUGCACCGUGGAGGCUCUGGUGGAACAAAACAGGUCCCGGCUGACCAAGUUCCACGCGCUGAAGUCGGUCGUGUGCAAGGCCUGCGUGAGGGAGAACCGGCGCAUCGUCAGCAGGCAGCACUGGCACUCCCCCCAGCCAGGCAGGUGGGGGAGGCAGGGAUCCGGCUCCCACAGGACGAGCUCCGGGUACAGCCGGGCAGGCCAAGGACAGCACUGGAGGGAUCAGGGUCCAGGAAAUAGACAGUAUGAGCCUGACCAUUGGAGAAGAUACUCCUCUUCCGGGUGGUCCAACUGACGCCCACCAGCUGGAAGAGGACAGACCCGCUCGCGGGUGAAGAAGGAAUCAUUGUAAACGUAGACAUUGAGCAUAAAGCCAGUACAGUACAUCUUGCUUACCUACAGCCAAGACCUAGAACGAGAUUGCUGUAUUUCACCCAUUACAGGCACACAGUACAGACAUGUCGAGUGAGGUGACCUGAACGUGGUAUGUGUUUUUAACUCCACUCUACUGUGCCGUUUACGUGGCACCAGGCAGCCAGGCGGAGCUGAGGGCGUGUGAAGAACUGCCUGCUGCCUCCCAGAAGCUUUGCUGUGGCUCCACCCCAAGUGCGGAGAUUCCCUGUAGUCUGACAGCUUGUAAAUGUACGACCUUCGUGGGGAGAACGGAGAAACGAUGAACGCCUGUGUCAUCGAGGCCCUGCUCUGCGUGAAUCUGCACAGCAUGGGCCACAGCGUCUCCCGAGACAGGGAAGCCAACCCGGAAAGGACCGCGUAGCUUCGGGCAGCCGCCCUUGAGUCCCUUGUGCUUGAGUUACACGUGCGACUUCCAGCAAGUUUCUUCCUGAGUGGUUGGCCCGGGCCUGGGAUGUGCAGGCCCUUGUGAAAGUUCACUGUGGUCCUCACGGCACAGCUGAGGUCUCUGUGGUCACUUCAAGAGUGCUCAGUUGGUGAGUGGGAAAGACUGUUUUGUGGCUACCAUUGUGUUCCAGGGAAUAUGGCCGGACCACCCUCGUGUGAAGGACACAUCUGAGAACAGGCAGCACAGGGAGCCCAGCGGCUCCCGCGGGACUGGGACGUGGGGCCCCGUCUCACAUGCUUGGUUCAGCGGCAGUAGGGAUGGUGUGGUUGGUUGGCCUCACCCGCUCUCCUUUGUGUUGUGACGCCGAUCUGUAAUACGCAUUUCGCUCUACCAGUUACCAGUGGUUAGUCUGCUGUUACAGCAAGUGAAGACCCACUUCUUUGUCCCGGUUCUCAUUGGGCCCUGUUGUCGAAGUUCUACAGCUGGAAAGGCCUUGGGCACCGGCCGAAGUCUGGCCAGGUCUCCUAUGGGCUCUGUACCACCCCCUUCUCAAAUGUAAGUCUGUACACCCGUGAGAGGAAAAAGAAAGUGGUGAUUCCUGAGUCAAUGUAUUAAUUGUUAUUCUCAUGUUGUUUAAAUAUGUGCAAACGUGCAUUAGGGUCCUUAAUGCUCAGAGCUCUUUCUUAAUGCAGCUUUCAUUCCAACACGUCAUAUAAAUAAACUGAAACUAGAUUCUGA